UGUAGUGGACUUGUAGUAGGAAAAUGUUGUGUUAUUGAGACUGGUGAUGGCGCCAUGUGGUGGAAGACUUGAGCUUGUCAGCGGCACCUUGAGGCCAAGUCUCUGGGCCAAGAUGCGUGUCUUCGUAGCCUGUCUUAAGGUUCCACCUGCAUCAAGAUGGGUGCAUAUAAAUAUAUGCAAGAGAUAUACAGGAAGAAGCAGAGCGAUGUCAUGCGCUUCUUGCUUCGUAUACGUGCAUGGCAAUAUCGGCACUUGAACAAACUGCACCGUGCUCCUAGACCAACUCGUCCAGAGAAAGCCCGUCGCUUGGGAUACAAGGCCAAGCAAGGUUUUGUGAUCUACCGCAUUCGUAUUCGGAGGGGUGGUCGUAAGCGCCCAGUGCCCAAAGGUGCCACAUAUGGUAAGCCAAAGAGCCAUGGUGUGAAUCAGCUGAAACCAACCCGCAACUUGCAGUCACUGGCCGAGGAGCGCACUGGUCGGAGGCUUGGUGGACUUCGUGUGCUAAACAGCUACUGGGUUGCUCAAGACUCUACAUACAAGUACUUUGAAGUGAUUUUGGUUGACAUUCGCCAUAAUGUUAUUCGAAAGAGUGGUUCACUCAACUGGAUAUGCAAGCAUACACAGAAGCACCGCGAGAUGCGUGGCAAGACAUCAGCAGGCCGCAAACAUCGUGGUUUAGGACGUGGCUUCCACUACUCCCAGACAAAGGGAGGAUCACGUCGCUCUUGCUGGUUGAGGCACAAUACUUUAUCUCUCCGCAGAAAGCGCUAAACACUGUGGUCAUCUUUUGUCAUGAGUAUAAAUAAAAAAAAUUUGCAAAA